GGUUUCUCUACUAUGAGGACCUUGUUAGCUGUGUUUCUAAGGCAGAAGCGGAUGCAGUAAGCUUGAUUGUCAAGAAUACUGUCUGUAUGUUUCUACCAGAGGCUUUAGUUACCAUAACUGGUGGUUUCAGGAGAGGGAAGAAGGUUGGACAUGAUAUAGAUUUUUUGAUCACCAAUCCAGGACCAAGAGAAGAUGAUGAACUUCUGCAUAAAGUUGUUGACUUAUGGAAAAAGCAGGGCUUACUCCUAUAUUAUGAUAUGGUUGAAUCAACAUUUGUAAAGGAACAGCUACCAAGCAGAAGCAUUGAUGCCAUGGAUCAUUUUCAGAAGUGUUUUGCAAUUUUAAAAUUGCAUCAGCCAAGAGUAGACAACAGCAGUUACAACACAUCAAAAAAAUUUGAUAUGGCAGAAGUCAAAGACUGGAAGGCAAUCCGUGUGGAUCUGGUCAUAACUCCCUUUGAGCAAUAUGCAUAUGCUCUGUUAGGCUGGACAGGCUCCAGGCAAUUUGGACGUGAUUUACGCAAGUAUGCUACUCAUGAAAGGAAGAUGACAUUGGAUAACCAUGCCUUAUAUGACAGGAGAAAGGUACU